UAACUAACACAGAAAUGCAAAGUCUACCAUUUGUCUGUACACCACCACGUGUCAGUACCCCAUCUCCUUUACGAUUCCUACAUUGGAGACCGGUAAACCAGGAACCUCCACUCACUCAACCACAUACUAUUAACUUUCUCUUUCUUCUCUACGGUCCUCCCUUCCCUACUACUAUUCUAUGGUUUUAACCUUUAACCCUCUUCUCUCUUUCUUUCACCUGCAUCGCUUUGGUCUUUCUAUUUUUUGAUUUCUUGUCCUUUUGGAAUGUCUUUUGAUCUGGGUUUUCAUUCUUAAUCUUGAUUUGAAGGAGCAAUUUCAGGAAUGUGUUUGUUUCGUUCGAGAAAUGGAGAGGUGUAAUUUUCUUGGUUGGGAAAGAACUGGUUAGUCAGUGUCUUCCCUGUCUUUUUUUAUUUUUUAUUUUUUAUUUUUUAUUUUUUUUACAGUUGAGUCUUGGAUCCAGUGCUUUGGGCUUGCAACAGUUAGGUGACAGCUAGUUUUUGCUGUCUAUUGGGACCUUAGGAUUUAUCUUUAAAAUGGUUUGCCUUUGAUUGAUGGCUGUGUCCAGCAAAUUGCAGUUGUUUAUGUUUAGCAUAGCAUUUUUCUUUUAUGGGUUGGUUUUGUAUUGUUUGAGGAUGGAUUAAGCAAUUGGAAAAUGGCUCCUGGAACUGAUGUUUCACCUCAGACACAAGGAUGGGAUGGUGGUUGCAGUGUUAGUAAGGGCAGGUUGCCAGUUAUGGAGGAUGAAAAUGAUGACAAUUCUGAGAAUUUAAGCCAGUCAAAAACUGGCAAACCUCCAAGAAACCUCUCUUGUAUGCGCCAUUGCAGCAGUACUGCAUUUUUUAUAGAUCCUGAAUUAGAUAUAGGGAUCAUCAGCUUGAAGUCCCCAUCAACUGAGAAUUCUGGAUUUCUACCAAUAUUUCGCUCAGGAAGCUGUUCUGAGAAAGGACCGAAGCAGUACAUGGAGGAUGAAUACAUAUGUGUGGACAAUCUACCUAAACAUCUUCCUACAGUUGUAGACUGCCCUGCUCCUGGUGCAUUUUAUGGGGUCUUUGAUGGACAUGGUGGAAUUGAUGCAGCAUCAUUUACCAAAAAGAACAUUCUUAAUUAUAUAGUUGAAGAUUCCCAGUUUCCAUCUAGCACAAAAAAGGCAAUCAAGAGUGCUUUUGUGAGGGCUGAUCAUGCACUUGCUGAUGCUAAAUCUGUUGAUAGUUCCUCUGGCACUACUGCUUUAACUGUUCUUAUCUUGGGAAGGACCAUGUUGAUCGCCAAUGCUGGUGAUUCUAGAGCUGUGUUGGGCAAAAGAGGAAGAGCAAUUGAGCUAUCGAAAGACCACAAACCUAGCUGCACGUCUGAGAGACUAAGAAUUGAGAGACUAGGAGGUGUGAUAUAUGAUGGUUACCUUAAUGGCCAGUUAGCAGUGGCUCGUGCUCUUGGAGAUUGGCACAUUAAGGGAUCUAAAGGUUCUAAAAGCCCCUUGAGCGCUGAGCCAGAGUUGGAGGAAAUUAACCUGACAGAAGAAGAUGAAUUCUUGAUAAUAGGUUGUGAUGGUUUGUGGGAUGUGAUGAGCAGUCAGUGUGCAGUUACGAUUGUGAGGAAGGAACUCAUGAGCCACAAUGAUCCUGAAAAGUGCUCGAAAGCACUUGUCCAGGAGGCACUCCAACGCAACACGUGUGACAACCUGACAGUCGUGGUCAUCUGUUUCUCUCCUGAACCACCUCCGAAGAUUGAAAUGCCUAGAUCCCAUAGAAGAAGGAGUAUAUCAGCAGAAGGGCUGGACCGUCUAAAGGGAGUCUUGAAUAAUGUAUGAACAAGAACUGCUCACAUUUCCAAGGCAAACAAAGCUAAUCUGCUACUUGAUGCAGUUGGAAAAUGCAGAUUCCUUCAACCUAAAACAUCCUGUAUAUUUGAGCUACUUCGAGUGAGGCUGAAUUUUUGAAGUGUUAAUUGGCAUCUUUAAAAUUUUGUAGUGCUGAUUAAAUUGCAGUCAUAUUAGUGCCAUGUGAGUUGAGCUCUUGAUUUGGUUCUGCACAUGGAAAUCCGCAAGAUAAAAAUGUCUGUUUCUGCAAAUAAUGUAUGAGAGUGACAUUGACACCCUAGUUCUGAGAGUAGAUUUAGCUUUGUAGGAGAAACUAAAAUGAAGAAAGAGUGUUUGUAAUAUUUCAGGGGCAGAAAAUAUUUGUUUUCUUGAAUAUGAGUUGCCAGAGUAAAAUUUCAUCA